UGCCUUUCUGGCUGGGUGCUGAGCGCAGACGUCGGGUGGACAAGGCUGAGGGGACUGCAGCUCCUUGAGAGCUACGGGUUCUCGCGUUUGUCUUCUCCGCCUUCACUCGUCUGUGUCCAGAGCCGGCCUGUCUUUCAAUUUGCUUUGUCCAUAUGUUCACCAGAAUCACUGCUGCAUAGCUUGAACCUAGUAAAACUGAUUUUACAGAUGACACGGUUAAGUCAGACCUGCCAAGAAGUACGAUUUGAAUGAACUUUAAUUCAUACAUGUUUUUAAAUUUAUUUAACCAAAGUUAUCAGAUGUCUGCUGUUACUUGUAACCUAAGGGGCUAAUGAGCCCAAAGGUGGGGGAUAAGAUCUCAAAUGCUCUGAGAUGCCAUUACUGUGUAAUUCUAUGUGUGAAAUCAUUCGCAUGCUGGCAAAAACCAGGAACUUUGCUGCCAUGCAGCAGACGACCAAAUUACUUCUCCGAGCUUUGAAGUGUAGUAUUCCUCACCUUGGCAAGUGCACGCAGAAACAGAAUUACUGUAACUUCACUGAUCAUUAUUACAAUAGAAUAAAAUUGAAAAAAUAUCACCCAACCAAGAGUCUGCAGAAUAAACCCAAGAUAGCAGAAUUAGCAAGAAACAUCCCACAUCGGAACUUCUCAUGUAAGGAUCUUCUACCUAUUAAGCCAGAAGCAGAAAAAUCUCUUUCUGAAAACAUGGAUGCAUUUGAAAAAGUGAGAACAAAAUUAGAAACACAGCCGCAAGAAGAAUACGAAAUCAUCAAUGCUGAGAUUAAGCAUGGUGGUUUUGUUUAUUACCAAGAAGGCUGCUGCUUGGUUCGUUCCAAAGAUGAAGAAGCAGACAGUGAUAAUUAUGAAGUUUUAUUCAACCUGGAAGAACUUAAAUUAGAACAGCCCUUCAUUGAUUGUAUCAGAGUUGCUCCCGAUGAGAAAUAUGUGGCUGCCAAAAUAAGAACUGAGGAUUCUGAAAACUCCACCUGCAUAGUUGUGAAGCUCAGUGAUCAGCCUGUCAUGGAAGCUUCUUUCCCAAAUGUGUCCAGUUUUGAAUGGGUAAAGGAUGAAGAAGAUGAAGAUGUCUUAUUCUACACCUUCCAGAGGAAUCUUCGCUGCCAUGAUGUGUAUCGAGCCACAUUUGGGGAUAACAAACGUAACGAGCGUUUCUACACAGAAAAAGACCCAAGCUAUUUUGUUUUCCUGUAUCUUACAAAAGACAGUCGUUUCCUCACCCUGAAUAUCAUGAACAGGACGACUUCCGAGGUGUGGCUGAUAGACGGCCUAAGCCCCUGGGACCCGCCAGUGCUUAUCCAGAAGAGAAUACAGGGGGUUCUCUACUAUGUCGAGCAUCGAGAUGACGAAUUAUACAUCCUCACUAAUGUCGGAGAGCCGACAGAGUUCAAGCUGAUGCGAACAGCAGCUGAUGCCCCUGCUAUUAUGAACUGGGAUUUAUUUUUCACAAUGAAGAGAAAUACCAAGGUUGUAGACUUGGACAUGUUUAAGGACCACUGUGUUCUGUUCCUGAAACACAGCAAUCUGCUCUAUGUUAAUGUGAUUGGUCUGGCUGACGACUCAGUGCGCUCUCUAAAGCUCCCUCCUUGGGCCUGUGGAUUCAUAAUGGAUACAAAUUCUGACCCAAAGAACUGCCCCUUCCAGCUUUGCUCUCCAAUAAGACCCCCAAAAUAUUACACCUACAAAUUUGCAGAAGGCAAACUGUUUGAGGAAACUGGUCAUGAAGAUCCCAUUACAAAGACUAGUCGUGUUUUGCGCAUAGAAGCCAAAAGCAAGGACGGAAAGUUAGUGCCAAUGACAAUUUUUCACAAAACGGAUUCUGAGGACUUGCAGAAGAAGCCUCUCUUGGUGCACGUCUAUGGAGCCUACGGAAUGGAUCUGAAGAUGAAUUUCAGGCCUGAGAGGCGGGUGUUGGUGGAUGAUGGGUGGAUCUUGGCAUACUGCCAUGUUAGGGGAGGCGGUGAGUUGGGCCUCCAGUGGCAUGCUGAUGGCCGUCUAACUAAAAAACUCAAUGGCCUUGCUGACUUAGAGGCUUGCAUUAAGACGCUUCAUAGCCAAGGCUUUUCUCAGCCAAGCCUAACAACGCUGAGCGCUUUCAGUGCUGGAGGGGUGCUUGUGGGAGCACUGUGCAAUUCUAAGCCAGAGCUCCUGAGAGCUGUGACUCUGGAGGCACCCUUCUUGGAUGUCCUCAACACCAUGAUGGACACCACACUUCCUCUGACACUGGAAGAGUUAGAAGAAUGGGGGAACCCUUCAUCUGAUGAGAAGCACAAGAACUACAUAAAACGCUACUGUCCCUGUCAAAACAUUAAACCUCAGCAUUACCCUUCAAUUCAUAUCACAGCCUAUGAAAAUGAUGAGCGAGUACCUCUGAAAGGAAUUGUAAGCUACACUGAGAAACUCCAGGAAGCCAUUGCAGAGCACACUAAGGAAGCCGGUGAAGGCUAUCAGCCCCCCAACAUCAUUUUAGAUAUUCAGCCUGGAGGGAAUCAUGUGAUUGAGGAUUCUCACAAAAAGAUUACAGCCCAGAUGAAAUUCCUGUAUGAGGAACUUGGACUUGACAGCACCAAUGCUUUCGAGAAUCUUAAGAAAUACCUGAAAUUCUGAACUGCUGCAUUUAGCUGGACUAGACACACGUGGAAAUAAUAACUAGUCUCAUUUCCAGUUGGCUUAGCAAAAGUGAGAUUUUUUUUUAAGUUAUCACGUAUUUUUUUAAGUUGUUUCUUUGUGUAGUUUUGCUUAACAUAUGUGUCACUUGUACUGUUCCCACCAGUACAAACCUCAGCGUUUCGGUCAUGCUCGUACUACAUUGGUAGUAGAGAAGGGGGCCAGAAGGUCUGGGAGCAGGGGAACGCCAGGCCUCCCUUCCAAUCAGAGCAACUUAAUGUCUUUUAAUAGAAUUUUCUUUGACCAGUUUACAAUUCAGUGUCCUUCCUCUUUGCUAAUAACUAUUUUUAAGCACUGUGGCUAUGAGUCAUCUUGCAAUUUCCACAACUCUACUUUAAAGAAAAGAAUAGCAUUUUUCAUAUUUAAAUGCUUUAGCAUUCUGGAAUAAUCUUUUAAAUACUUUAUUGUUCUUUCAAAAUUUGAGAAACUUCCCCCAAAACAGUUGCAUUAGUGCAGCAGUGCUGUAGAAAUAUCUACAAAUUGAUGCCAUCCACGAGGCUUACUCAGAAGCCUACUGUAUAUCAAAACAUGCUGGAUACAGGGUGACCAUCUCUUCAUGCAGCUUCCUAGCACAGACUAUACAGAAUGUCCAGUGCGCUGGAGUAGCAUGCGCGGCUGGACACAAAGCAUUUGUCUCUAAAAGCUUCUUGACGAUGGAAGAGAGUCUGCAUGCUGUGUUCCAAGAUGAGCCCCUCUCCCUUCUCCAGAGAAAUGGCAUGGGUAUCAACAUCACUGCCUCUGGAGGCUCCAUUGGUACUUAAUCUUAUUCUCAGUUUUGUAGGGAGCUCUGAAAUGAUUUCCUGUAGAUUUAGCACAGUUGAUGAUUCUCCAAAAUUCAGAACCACAAUGAAGACUUUAUCUAUGCCGUCCAGUUCUCUUGUGUAUACAACAGAGUGACUGUGAUCCCUCAAAAGGCAAAACCAGCCCCUGCUGAGAAGAAGCUCUUUGGCGUGGAGUCGACUCAAAUCUUGAUACAGCCUCAGCACUGAGCCUGGCUGGGUCUUUUGGACCUGUUUUUAAAAACAAUAUUCAUGUAAAUAUUCACAAUAUUUAAUAAUUAUCCCCCUCUCAAAAAAAUUGCUUCCAUUUGCCCUUUAAAGUAACUACCAAAUUUAUAAAUAGUUUUUCCUAAAGUCAGAGGAAUUACAAAUCAGAUUUUCUGCUUGUUGGGGAGUCAUUUCAGUAUACGCAGUGCUCCCACAUCUUAGAGUUGCUGCAGAAGCAAAUUUGACUCCACUUUAUGUCAUUUAGCUUGCUGGAAUGAAGUCACUGUGCUGUGUUGUAACUGCCAGAUGCAAAAAGCCACUGUCACAGGAACUCGGAGAGUGUCUGUGCAUUUGGGCUUGGCUGCUCUCAUCUGUAGGAUGAUGAGAAGGGGCACUGUUGUGCAGAGAUCAUGGGUCCAGCAGACAUUGAUUUUCAGAUCACCGGUGAUGGGAAGAGCACUGCAAACUGCAGAGCCUAAGAUGCAAGUUAGGAAGGCCACAUUUGCUCUCUUUAUGCCUUUUGUUUUCUAGGCCAUAAAAGCUAGUUUUUGUCUAUUAAAGACUUGGUUUGAUUUUACAGCUACACAGCAUAUCUAAUUUAGUGCUGUUCUUUCCUUUUUCUUUUUUCUCAUAAGCACUUUUCUGUUACAUUGUCCCCACAGAUGUCAUUGAAAUGACAGAUAAUAUUCUGUUAAAUAGUUUUACCAUGCUACCCUUCCCUUUCCUUUUCAGCAUUUGCACUUCUGGUGUUUUCUUGCAUUUUCAUUCACCUCCUCCCAUGUUUAAUAUUAUUUAUUUAACAUAGAUUAUCAGACAGAUAAUUCCUGUGUCAAAGAGUAUGGACAUUCAAUACAUAAUGCCAAAUUAGUUGUAGCUGUUGCCAAAUCAACAGUAAUAUUCAUUCAUUACACUCUCGUCAGCCAUGUUUCCUGGGGCAGGGGUUGUUGUUGUCAUGGUUGUUGUUGUUGAGUAGAUGCUUAAUAAGUGUAUUUAAUGACUAUUUCAUGGGUAUUUGAAGCUGUCCAUUCUGUUUAUCAGGCACAGAGCAAUCCUGGUGUGUGUGUGACGCGGCGGUGUUCUUGCUCAUUCUCAAUAGCUCUAGAUGAUGAAUGCAUGAGGGCAGGGUUUACAGCCGCUCACACGAGAGGCCCAGUGAGCUGCUCUUUCCAUCUACUUUCACUUGAACUCUUUCUCUGUAAUUGUGCACUUGUCUGUUUCUCUUUGCAUUAAUCAAAGUACUUGUUUGAUGUAUUUUGGACCUUUUGUUAACAUGCAUAAAGAUUUGUGGUUUUUAGUGGACUAUUCAAUUCUUUUCACUGUCUGAAAAUUGCAUUUCUCUCACAUAAUGCUUUUCAUAUUAAAUUCUAUUUUGUCUGCUAUUAAAUAUUUCCAAACCCA